UACAAAAGCCCACAGGACCUGGCCGGUUGUUAUGUUGCCAUGCCGCCUAAAAGUAGGUCCAAAAGCCUGGCGCGGAUUGACAGUCAAAAGAAGAUCAAAAAGAUAGCCACUGCAACCAUAUCCGAAGACAAGAAAGCAGCUGACUUGAAAUGGCUGGAGGAGGUGAAUUCUUCGAUCGGCGAAAGUCUUGUACCACGGGUGUUUCAGCUUCUUGGAUUCGGCCUAGCCCAGGGCGAACGACAAUUUCUACGUGCUGGCAGCAGUGCUGUGGAGCGCAUCUGCGAGGACAAUGAGGGCUUCAUUUCCCUCGUGAAGGCAAAAGGGGUGGAGACUAUGUUGUCAUUCCUGCGACAUUUACCCCAAGCUCAAAUUGCACCAGCAACUUCAGAAGCAGUCAAUGCAGCCGGCGCAGCAAUCUUUCGACGGGCUGCUGCUUGGUUGGACGAAGUGGAUGAAGUGGACUUUGACCAGCUCCAACACGUUUUGUACUUGGCUUUCUGGCUGGGAGGGGAGGAUGAGGACGUGGCUUUAUCUGCCUUGGGAGCUUUUGAGCGCUUCACCCUAUACAGGACCGAGAACGGAGCUACCUUGCUUCAAUCUGAGGUGAUUCAGGUCCUGCAUCGCAUCAUUGGACACAACCGAGCACCAGAGUUGGUCUCAGAGGCCUUUACGCUCCUUUACCGGCUUUGUGAUGCACCGGCAGCUGUCGUGGUUCCUCUUCUGACGGAUGAAAAUGGCAUCAUACAGACUGUGGUUGAAUCGAUGACGCAGGCUCCUCUCAACAUGCGCUUGCAGCUGGCGGGUUUGCGCCUGCUGGCCUUGUGGUCACAGUACGACGUUGGAGAGGAUCCAGCGGACCAGAAGGAUCUCAAGCUCUUUAUCAGAGAGGCAAACGCCUACGAGGUCUCUAGAGAUGUCAUCUCCAACCUGACACGAGCUGGGCUGAGUCAUGCAGCGACCUGGAUGUCCACGAUCUCCUCCCGCUUGCCCCAGCGUGUCCGUGGCCGAGACGACGAACCUCGAGGUCGUGAGCGCCCUAGAUAGGUGCUUGGCACAUGAACAUCGUGUGGCAAGUGAAAUGGUUGCCUGAGAAGGAAUGUGAGCCCUGGCUGCCAAAGGCAAGCUGGGUGCAACUCCGAAUUUGCUGCAUGUCAUCUUACGAGCGCAG